UCAAUAUAACAGUGCUCACAGUCAUAUAUUCUUUAUCCUCUGCAAGGAGCUGAGCCGAGCGCAGUCAUCCAUACUGUACGGAUGUCGAUGUACAGUAUAUGUGGCACCAAAUAGUUAAAUAAAAAAAAUAAAAAAAUCAACCUAAGUGAACGUUUGAAAAGAAACAGUUUGAAAAGAUUAAAUGCAAAUGUAUUGUACUUGAAAGUUAAAGCAACUGAACUGCGCUUAACGAAUGUACUGUACUGGAUGGAAAAAAGGCUGAGGCUUUGACAUAACAUUACAUCAGUUUAAACAUUUAAUUCAGUGAUUCUUUUGCCGUUAUCAAGUGGCGCACACACGAGCAGACGCGUACAAUCAUGUAGUCACAGCACAGAUGCUUGUGGUUGCCUCGGCAACCACAAAUAAGCCCACCCAUUUGCUCAUCUUCUCUUCUCGCCUCGCAAGCAUCCAGUCUGACUUUUCUAUUCAGAAGCGUUUGGCUGGGGCGCAGAUAUGAGGCAGUUGCCGUCGUCCGUGUAUGUGUUGGAAAGCCACGCCGCGGCCCCUCCGUUACCCCCCCGAGCGGGCCGGGCCCGCUGCAGCGGCGGGCCGGCUCAGGCGCUUCUCUUGGCGCUGCUGAGCGUGGCUUUGAUUGGGCUCGUCCUGGAGGGUCUGCUCAUCUUCUAUCUGCACUCGAGUCACUUCGGACAGACACCGUCACCAUCGUUCUCCAAAUCGAGCGCAGAACAAAAUGCAUCGCCCCAGACAUCCAAACGUCUUAACUCUCUUUCCAAAACAUUCACACACCUGAUGGCAGAAAAAAACGCAUCUUCUCACACGCCCGCUCCUCGCAUGCCGCUUUCCAAACCAGUCGCCCGCCUGAUGGACGGCGCGGACGUGGUCCACGGCAAAGGAGUAAUGGGCUGGAGCCUGGUUUCGGACCGCAUCCUCCGCGGCGUGGACUACAAGGACAGAAGUCUGGUGAUCCGCCGGGAAGGCUUCUACUUCGUCUACUCCAAAGUGAGCUUUUACGAGCGCGGCGUCUUCCACCACGCGGUCAUGAUGCGCACUCGCAGGCACCCCGGCGGCACCGUCCUCCUGCUGCAGUCCAGGAAAUAUUCCUCGGCCGACGACAAGAACAAGCGCAACGGCGACACUUUCCUCGCCGGGGUCUUCCACCUGCACAAAGACGACGCCGUGUUUGUCAAAGUCAGCGACACCUCCAAAAUAGUGCGCGUCAUCGCUAACGAGAACGUCUUCGGUGCAUUUAUGAUUUAAUGCUCUUCGGUUUUUUUCAGCUCUAUUUCACAGGCUGUUCUUCACACUUUUGUAUUUUAUUAUUACAAAAAAUAGCUUUGGCAUCUUGGUGCCCAGGAACUAUGCGCAAGUGAGGGGGAGGAGCGUCUCUGAGUCAGGCCAUAGCCUUGUCUAAUGCCUAAAUGUUUUUUUUUGUGUGUGUGGCAUCCGUAGGCAAUUAUACUGUAUUCCUUUUCCAACUGCUCUCGCACGUUUUCAAACUAUCAGGAAUUAAAACGAGGACCCGACUGAUUUUGAACAAUA